UCUUAAUUUACAAAGCCAGUUGAAUCUCUGGGCUACCCAUCUGUGGUCUUAGAAUAGCACAAUCAUGGAUCAUCAAGAAGUAAGCAAGAUUCUGGAUGAAGCAUUGGAAGAAAAUGAAAAGAAGGUUCUUUCGGAACGGACAUUUAUGUAUGAUGGCGUGUUAUAUCCCACUAUGAUCUGUUCUCUGGAAACCCUGAAAAGUAUUCAUACUUUUAGAGCUCGGGAAGAUGAUAUCAUACUAGCGGCAUACCCCAAAACAGGUUCAAGCUGGGUUUAUCAGAUCUUGAUGCAGCUGGAAGUUGUCUCUGGAAAAUACGAGGAAGACGAGCAGAAACAAGGGCAGCAAAGACUGAAAGAAUUAUCGACAUUUAGUUUUCUUGAAUUUGCAGAGCCAAGAAAUUUUGAGAGGAUGGAAAAACUGCCUUACAGACGAGUUAUAAAAACACACCUCGCCCCUCGAAGGUUGCCCAGGUCUCUUUUUGAAAAGGCAAAAAUACUGGUUUUGUUACGGAAUCCAAAGGACACCACUGUAUCUUCCUUCCAUUUUUACAAAGGCAUCAAAUUGAUUUCUGACCAGGAAACCUGGGAUGAGUACUUUGAAGCUUUUAUCUCUGGAAAAGUGGCCUAUGGAUCUUAUUUUGAUUAUAUUAUUGAAUGGAACAAGUAUCUUGAUAACAGCCAUAUAUUUUUUAUUACCUAUGAGGAGAUAAAAGAGGUAAGUUAGGGAUCCUUGAUGCUCUCUGAAGUUGCUUGUUUUCUUGCAGACAUUUCAUUACCCAA